AUGGUGGGCUGGAGCCACCUUCCCGUCGGUGGAAAUACUUAUGGCAAUGAGACCUUGUGGAUGAAUAUUGUAGUGUGCAAGGGGCAGCUUAAUACCCGUGUCAACAUGACGGUUUCAACGUCAACCACGCCAGCCACGCCCGCCGCGAACAAGGAGAACCUCGUCUCUCGUAGCCGCUUCCCAACACCCCAAUCUCUCGACCGCCUACAUCGGCCAUUCAAAUGUCCCGGUUCCGCAACGCGCACCGUCGCAACGGACCGCCCUGCUCGGAAGCGGAGGAGGGUUGAUUACGGGGGUGCCGACGGGGAAGCAGACGCCGACAAGCCCUACACCAAUGCGGACCGUCUUGCUCUAGCAAACCGAGAUGCCAACCGAUUCCCUGUGUUCAAAGCCAAGGACAAGGAUACCAUCUUUCGCAAGGCCUUCUCCGUUCCCUUCGUCAACAAGGACAAUGCCGCAUACAAUCCGAACCGCCCCCCUCCAACGCUAGGACUGAGACAGGGGGCAGUUUUUGUCGCGAAGCCCCUGCACGACCCAUGCGGCGAGUUUGCUAUUGUGCUCCACGACCCGACGGUCGACGACAAGCCCAAAGAGACGUCCACGCCCGAAGAGAAACAAAAGGAAGCCGAGGCACCCCCGAAGCUUGAUGCGCCAUUGAUGCACAAGAGUCUCGCCGAGAUUCUCGGCAUCAAGAAGAAGGUCGAAGGCGAGCAUCCCCGGGUCCCAGUCGUCAUUGACCCGAGGCUUGCCAAGGUGCUCCGACCCCAUCUAGAUUGA